CUUCAGAUGAUAGAUAACUUGGAGAUUCCUAUGAGAUAUCCUUUCAAAGUCAUUAAAGUUUGCAAUUUGCCCGAAAUUGUUGAUAAGUAUGUGCCUGAAUGUUUGGAUUCACAGCCUGCUUCCCCUGGGUUAAAAUUGUCUGACAUGUUGUUUGGAUCAGACCUUGCUGAGAUUUCUGAUAAAGCAUUUGUCACUCCUGUUCUAUCAAUUAUAACUAAGGAUAGUAGUCUUGAAUGUAAUGUUGAAAGCUCAGUGAAAAGAUGUUUGGAGGUGGAUUUUGAUAGCUGUGAUGAUUCCUUUGGUGAAAUGUUGAAGAAGAAGAAGAAGAAGAAGAAGAAGAAGAAGAGGAAGGAAGACAGUGGUUCUGAUUAGUUGAAUGUUGAAACUAUUGUGUUCAGCUUAUGGCUUUUGUAUGUUGGAUUU